AUGCGCCUUGCGUCCACCCUUUUUGCCGCGUCCCUCGCGGUAACGGCACUGGCCGCGUCCAAUUGUAACGGCAACGACGCCCUCUGCGAGCGCCUCUACUCGAACGUCACUUACAUUGGUACCCACAACUCGUACGCUGUGGGUACCGCCGCCGCCGACAACCAGGCCAAGGACGUCACUGCGCAGCUGAACGACGGUGUGCGUGCGCUCCAAGUCCAGACCCACACCAGCGGCGACACAAUCAAUGUGUGCCACUCGUCCUGCGCGCUCAAGGACGGCGGCACCCUGCAGGACUACCUGACCAAGGUAGCUGCCUGGAUGGGCCAGAACCCCAACGACGUCGUCACGCUGGUGAUGGUCAACAUCAACAACCACAAGCCUGCCGAAUUCCAGACCAUCUUCCAGGGUGCGGGCCUCGACAAGCUCGCGUACUCGCCCAAGCAGGCUGCCUCGAGCGUUGACCAGUGGCCCACGCUUGGCGCUCUCAUCGAUGCCGGUACCCGUCUCGUCGUGUUUCUCGACAAUAGCGCCGACUUUACCGCCGUACCCUGGAUCAUUGACGAGUUCACCAACAUGUGGGAGACAAAGUACAACGCUGUCGACCAGCAGUGGGCGUGUGCUGUUGACCGCUCGGACGGCCAGUCCAACUCGAUGAUGUACAUGAUCAACCACUUCCUCGACCAGCAGUACGAGAUCCUCGGCCAGACUGUCCUUGUGCCCGAUAAGAACAAGCUGAACGAGACGAAUGCCGCCGACGGUGCUGGUUCGAUCGGCUUCGAGGUCUCGAACUGCAACAUGCUCUACGGUCGCAACCCCAACGUCAUCCUGCUCGACUAUUACGACUCGAACGGCAAUGCGCCUUUCGUGGCCGCGGCUCAGAUGAACGGCAUCCCAGCACCUACCAACGUGGUGACGGCUGGGCCUAACGUUGACGCUGCGGGCGGCAGCGGCGGCGCGGCGGCCUCGGGCACGGGCAGCACACAGAUGUCCGUGACGUCGCUUAAAAACCACGCUGUGCCUGUCAUUGCGCCCGGCGGUCUUGCAGUUCUCGGCUCGGCCGUGGUCGGCCUUGUGGCUGGCGCCCUCAUGCUCUAA